CACUCUUUCAAAUACACAUUUGCACUGAAGCCUUCCAGGUUCCAUCUGGUGAGGGCUAAAUAAGGGAGUAGGAAAAAGCACAGUCUUAUUGCAGAGGGUAGAAGAGUGACUGGAAGCUCAGGAUGUUGGAAAUGGAAUUCAGCUCAAGGUUUUCUGUCAUGUGUUUUGUCUUAAGAUCAAGCCAACAGUGCAGACUAAAAGAAAUUUGAAACACAUAGGUACACAGUUUUUGUGAAUUACAAGCUUCCCUGUUUGGUGGGAAAGAGAAAUCCCAGUUCAGGAGGAAAUUUGGACCGGUCAAUAUAGUAGUUCAUGACAAAACUUCUCUCUUCUCAGACAGAGGGGAUCUAAUCCAGAGGAAAAACUGUAAUAGUAGUUCAUUCUCUCUGUGCUUUCUGUCAUCCUAGUGCGUGGAGGGGACUGACAACUCUCUUUCUCUAUUCUGAUGUCCUCUCUUAUGUCAGUCUGGCUCCAGAACUGGGUAGGGGAUUCCAAUUUCUGCUAGCUAUUCAGCUUCACCCAGGCACCUCACAGCCAGCUUUCACUGGCACUCACAGUCUUUUUCUGGAAGGUUGUCUGCAGUUCACAACUUUCUCCAUGAUAAAGAGCGUGUUCACACUGCUGGUACUUCUCUGUUCUUACAGUGAAGCUCUCUGUUAGGAAAUCUGCAGGACUUUUUGAAGUCCGUGUACUUCUGCUGUUGCCAGCCAGGCCUGGCCUGGCCCUUACAAGCUGCCACUGCUGGGCUGACCAAUCCCAGCAACCUUCAGCAAAGCCCUAAGCUUGUAUUUUUAUCCUUCUUGACUAAUCUUUUUCCAAACUGACAGUGGUCAAUUUUAAAGUCCAUUUUUGUUUAUGGAUUCUUACUUUUUCUUCUAUGUAUUUAUUGAUACUGAACUCCUGUAUUUGAGGAGCUUGCAGAAUUCUGCAUUGUUGCAUGUUUUUUAACCUGAGUUUAUCAAUUUUGCAUCUGUUUAGCCCAGCGCACAACCCCAAUUUAUUCCUUCGUGGUUUGUGGAGAAACUGUGUUUUAACUGAUGUCUUGCUGAGGGCUGAAUGGGUAGGGAAAAGGAGUGGCAGAGAACAGGGUUAGGAAGUGCUCAGGCAAGGUUCACCUUUUGAGUUCAGGCCAUGAGUGUGACAACUAGGGAAUUCCAGCCUGCAACAGGUUUGUUUUCUCACAUGGUAACUUUUUACCUCACCAUGUGUUUUUGGUGGGGGAAGGUUGAGUUAUAUUGCCUUCGUGCUCCAUGCUUUAUGUACCCUUCUUUAUGUUUGUCACUCUUACCCUCUGCAGAGCUGUAGGGAAGACCUGCUUGCUGAUCAGUUACACCACAAAUGCCUUUCCUGGAGAAUACAUUCCCACUGUGUUUGAUAAUUAUUCUGCCAAUGUGAUGGUAGAUGGAAAGCCAGUGAACCUGGGCCUCUGGGAUACAGCAGGGCAAGAAGACUAUGACAGACUGCGGCCUCUUUCUUAUCCACAAACGGAUGUUUUCUUGAUCUGCUUCUCCCUUGUGAGUCCAGCCUCCUUUGAGAAUGUCAGAGCUAAGUGGUACCCUGAGGUCCGACACCAUUGCCCAAAUACACCUAUUAUUCUGGUGGGCACCAAGCUGGACUUGAGGGAUGAUAAGGACACCAUUGAAAGGUUACGUGAUAAGAAACUGGCCCCCAUCACCUAUCCCCAAGGCUUGGCCAUGGCUCGGGAGAUUGGGUCGGUAAAGUACCUUGAAUGCUCUGCCCUGACACAGCGGGGCUUGAAGACGGUGUUUGAUGAAGCCAUCCGGGCUGUGCUGUGCCCACCACCUGUGAAGAAGCCUGGCAAAAAGUGUACCAUGUUUUGAGGCCUGUGGCCUAGGUGUUAGCUCAGCAUGCUGUCAUCCUGUGACAGAUUGCAUAUUAAGCUGGGUGUUUCUGAAGGGGGCUGGGAUGUGUAGGGCCCUUCAUCAUGUACGAAGUCAGUGUUUUUUAAAUGUCUCUUUGAUUUAACGUCAGUGUUGAUGUGAAGGGGCAGUGGGGACAGGAGACCAGCUGGGGACUAUACAGCCCCCAGGGGAGGUACAGUGGGGAAGGCAAGGUCGCUCCUUCGGGUAACAAGCUGUUUUGGCUCUCCUGAACUCCAGGUGGAAAGGGCUGAGACAUCCAUCCUGUUCUGGAAACACCUGUUUUCAGCCUGCAGGUGAAAGAGGUGGUGAACAUCCUGGUGGAGUGGGGAGGGAGCAGAUUUCAAUGGUGCUGAAAGACAAGAAUAGCUGGGAGGGUGGUAGUCUCCUUAUCCAGCCUGUUGUGGCUAACAGUCAACAAACUGGUGCUCUAGCAGAAUGUUCCUGAGACUGUUAAAUCAUAACCAGCCCUGUAAAGGGUCAAUGUAAAUGAGAAGCUGAAAAAUGAAUCAUUAGGUGCUUUAUUGGGUACUAGCCGAACUCUGUGAGUGCAACAGCUCUGUGCAAUCAAUGCAUUUGCCUUUUUGUCUGUGCACACCCUACAUGGUGCUGCUCCCCUCUAUUAGUCUUUAGCAGGGCCUCCCCCUGAAAUCCAGUCUCUGCAGAGCAGGGCUGGUUUUGUUGCCUCUUUUUUUUUUUUCCUUUUUUUUUUUUUUGUUUGUUUGCGGGGGUUUUUUUUGUUUGUUUGUUUUUUGUUUGUUUGUUUUUGUUUUUCCUACUAAAGACAACAAAGGAAGCAAUGAGGAGUCUGCUAAUUUCUUUCCCUUCCCACAGAAAAUGCAGACUGACUCUGGAUUUAGAUGGAACAGGGAGAGCUUCUGAAGGGUUGUGGGGGGGAACAGGGUUGGAAGAAAGGUCCAAUUUCUAAUCAUCCUGUAGAGUGACAAGAUAAAAACCUUAUUUGGUGCAAUAAACAUUCUCCAUGAA